UUUAACUACAUUCUUAGAUUAGCCUUAAGCAGCCGUGAUGAUUGAAAGAAUCAUACCUCUAGACAGCGGAAUUUCAUGGCAAGAAACAGAAUCUCUGCAGCGACUACAUUAUGUUUUUCUUCAUUAACUACUCACUGCCCUCCACGUUACACAACCAAAUGCGUUUUCUCGACAACCAAGGCGACAUAUUCUACCGUCAGCAGAACACAUAUGCUAGUAUUAACGCUUACUGUUUAGAAAAUUGCGAGAGAUUGUUUUGCUGCUGAGGGAUUAUAGGCCGAUGUCUAUUUCCGAUAUCUAGCUAUUUCCGAUAAAUAGCUAUAGGCUGAUAUCUAGGCCGAUAUAGCUAUUUCAGUAAGAAUUUAUUUCAUUACUUUAACCCUAAGGUUACGGUGCCAGAGUAAACAUUAGGUACUGUAAUUUACUGCUCCGUGAUAGUACGGCUAUUAUAAUUCUACUAUAAUGCGAAAUAAUACUGCGGUAAGCAAAAGAGCAUACUAACCGUAAGUCGCAGUAUCUUUUGCCACAUGGAUUUUCCAGAACCGAGUAAGAGGAAACAAGAAGAUGGAUCUUAUCUCAAAGUGUACUAGCAGGUAGUAUUUGAUAGCAUGAAAAGGGAAAUGGGCCUUGCUGAUGUAGCAGCCAGCGUGUCAGUGAAAAAAAUAAAUAAUAAAAAGCAAUACAAUACUAAGCGGAACGCAGUGACACUUGUUCGACAACCUUAGCACCUUCAUGGACGUCGCUUAGACAAAGAAAUGAUCUUAACAUUCAGAACUGCGAUAUCGCAAAAAAAAAAAAAAACACUACUUGUGUUGGGUCAAGAAUCGGACGUAGCUAGAAAAACAAAUGUUCAGACGUGAAAGAAAAACCCUAGUUAAAAAUGUUGCUAAAAUAAGGCGGAAAAGUAAAAUAAUGUUUUGAGCUGAGAAUUAUGAUCUAAGAAGGGAUAGUCUUGAAUCAAAAAGAAAUGUCUCAACGCAUGUGCAGAGAACUGAAUCCAAUGCCUGCUGCCAGAUACAAAAUAUAAGGCAUAGCAAGAUUCAAUCCAAUACGCCAAAAUGGCACUUUUAAAGUAAUUUUCUUUAAUGAUGAGAAACGAUGACACAACGAGAAGUGAUACACGGUCUGAUCAUCACCAUAUGAUGGACGCAAAGGGGAGGGCGUCAGGGGGCCCUGUGAAGCUUACUGAAAAGGAGUUCAAUUCUCAGAGUGCAGCAGAAAUCUUAUUUCCUCCUCCCCCCCUCCCCUUCUGGAGUUGUGUGGGUGGUAGUAUGGCUCAACACCGACCGCUUCUUAAUCUUAACCGCGCACAGCAUCACCCGGCUGCGACGCGGUGUCUAAUUCGCCGGCUUAUAAUCGAGGGUUGCGCGCUAAGCGAAACCCACAGGUCCGCGAAGCACGUCUCGCCGCGUCGCGGGGCAGAAUGAAGGACAGGAGAGAAACCUGCCGCGGGAAGGAGGCCGUGGGUAUACCGGUUCCGAGCGAGCCGAAACGUCGUCGGCCGGGUUGCGUUCUCUCUGCCCUUCUCUCUGCGCACGUCCCUCUCCCCUCGCGAAGGCUUGCCCGAGCAGUGGAACAAACCGGGUGGAAUGUAGGCCAGCGACGUUGCCCGCGUCUGCUAGACUGUGCACCCGCCCUGCCCUGCCCGUCGUGCCCGGCUCGCUCGCUCGCGAGCAGUGAAAGCGCGGAUAGCCGAAUAUUUGCGCCCCGAGGUGGGUGUUCUGCCGCGCGCCUAAUCGUCGCUUUCGUCCGUGGAUAAGAAGAGCCAGCGGUGUGUUGUGUUCCGGUGAGUGAUGCGAGCCGACAACGUGCGCGCUAGUGGCGACGUCGCGCGAAAAGAUGGAGUGUGAGCGUGUCAGUGCGGGAAGCAACGAAGCUAGCUGCGGCGGCGCCAUACUCUCUUCGAGGUCUCCGCUUGUGCAGUGCGCGCGCCAGUGCCAACGAUGACGGCGGUCGGCGGAUUGAGCGUGACGGCCGUCCUCGCGACGGCGGCGAGCCUACUGCUGAGCAGGGUGACAUGCGAAGACACUCACGAGGGCCUCUACAUCGGCAAGAUCAACACGUACGCGCAUCAGGUGUCCGGUCACGUGUACGCCAUCGACGAGUACACGAUCCUCAUCAAGAACUUCUUCUACGACGGCCUGGGUCAGGACGCGUUCUUCUGGGCCGGAUCCAGCGUGCGUCCCAGCAACGUCGGUUUCAUCGUUCCAGAUGAAGAAGGCAAGACAAACAAGCUGCAGCCGUACACCGACAAGGACAUAUAUCUGCAGCUUCCCAACCGGCGUAAGAUUACCAGCAUCCGCUGGUUCGCCGUCUGGAACCUGCGGGAGCACGCGAACUACGGCGACAUCUUCUUUCCCGAGGGCUUCGAGCCGCCCUCCCCGAGGCGGAUAUCGGAGUUCUCCCGGCGCGGCGCCGGCGUGCGUUCCGGCACCGUCGUGAUAGUGGAUUCGAAGACCAUCCAAAUCCCGGACUUUUACUUCAGCGGAAACGUCUCCGACACCUACUUCUGGGUCGGCCUCGGACCGCAACCGAACAGCGCUGGCCAGAAGGUCCCGGACGAGAAAGGGUACCUGGAACCGCUCGGCCGCUACGAGGACAAGACCAUCGAGCUGACGCUGCCCGGAAAGAUGACCGUCUUUGACAUCGAUUGGCUGAGCGUGUGGAACACGGAACUGAACGACAACUACGGAUCGGUGAUUGUGCCGCACGGCCAGGACAUCCCGCCUUCGCAGCUGGGAUCGAUGGAGCACGAGUCUCGCCUGCCCAACUGCGAGCAGCUACACGCGAUCCUGCAGGUCCGCUGGGAGAUCCAGGGCCGCAGCAUCACGCUCCAGCUCACGGGGCAGAUCGAGGAGGACGAGUACAUCGCCUUCGGCAUCAGCGGCGCUGCCAACUCUUCGAAGAUGGUGGGCGCGGAUGUAGCGGUCUGCUACAUCGACGGUCACUACGCCAACGCCGUCGACUACAACAUAUCGGACAGGUUCCCGUGUUCUAACGUGCUGGGCCGCUACCGGGGCGUCUGCCCCGACUUGAAGGUCGAAGGCAAGGAGAGCUACCAGAUCCUGACUUUUACGCGCAAGGACGGGCUCACGAGCUUCGUCUAUCGGCGGACGCUUCUCAACCCGGACGAUGACGGAGACCAGAUUUUCAACGCCGACGGCGACACCUACCUUGUCUGGGCCAUCGGCAAGUACAACGAGUACAAGGAACCUUCGUUCCACCACAUGUUCCCGAGGGGCAACCUGAAGAUCAACUUCGGCAGGAAGGAGGCCACCGACAACUGCUUCGAGUUCAUCACGGGUCAGAAACGCAAGAAGCCCGAUCCCUGGCCCACGUUCCGCAUCCGGGACAAAGCGGUGGACACGUUCGUCGCCAGGAUCGGGCCGGCCGGUUUGUGGAAGGGCUACAUGGGCAUCACGGGCCGCAGCAGUCCCGGCGAGAGCUGGUACAUGAACGGCGUGCUCGUGCCCGAGAUUCACGUGCAGCGGGGCCACGCGUACACGUUCCGCGUGGAAGGGGGCAACAACCCGCACAACGCGCGGUACUACCACCCGCUGUACAUCACCGACAGCCCCGCCGGCGGCUACGCGAGGCUCACCGAGCAGGAGCGGCAGGGGGUCAAGAUCUACGCCGGCGUCCAGUUCGACCGCCGGGGCCGGCCGCAGCCGAGCGCGGCGGGCCGGCUCUGCGCCUGGCUCUACAACACGUCGGAGCCCCGGCAGGCGGACGAGUUCGCCAGCUUCCCCAAGUUCCGGAACACGAUGCGCCUGCAGUGCGACGACGGCCAACCGGCGGUGCUGUCGUGGAUGCCCAACGACAGCACGCCGGACGUGGUCUACUACCAGAGCUACACGACGCCCAACGUGGGCUGGAAGAUCGUCGUCGUGGACGAGAUAGUCUCGGGCAGUGGGGCCGUCUCGUGGCAACGGGUGUCGCCGAGUGCCGCCGCCGUGCUGGCCACGCUGCUGACAGCGUUGAGCGUGAUAGUGUGCGCUUAUUAAUUUACAGACGCCGCCGUCUCGUCGGCCGAUCGAAGUGGUGGUGAUAAUAUUUAAGAAAUCGUCCAAAGUACUUAAACGCUUUCCCCGCAAGGGACUCGAGUUUCAGUUUCGAGAUUUAAUCGUUCCGUUAAAAAAGGAUUUAGUGCCGGUUGCCGUUUAUUCGCGGCGGCGACGCGCCAGAUUCGCCAAGAGCGCCUCGAACGCUCGGUAGAACGGUAUACGCUCGGUAGAACGUAUAGCUGCUAUGAAGAGGAGCGCACUUUGACAUGCAUGCUCAGGCAAGUACAGACGCUCGUCCCGUCUGUACUUCCUGUAGAUGGGUUAAUUUGUGACCGUAUUCCAAUAGUAGAUGUGCUAAGCAAUCGAAAAGGAUCACUUGAAAGCUCAUGGACACGGUGGGGAACGGGAAGAGUGCUGUAUUAAAAUGGCGCCUUCGUCGAGUCUGCCAAGCUCUAAUAUCGGGUCUAGUCUCGUGAGAUAGGUGUGGCGAGCGCGCCUUUGCCAAAGUAUCACCCGCGCACGUGAGUUCACGAAAAAGCCCAAUGAUGAUGUUGGUGAUGAUGCAUGGUGACGUCCCUCAGGUGCUAAUACUUUUUCUUUUUUUUUCUGUAGUCGUGAGUGGCAUACCCUUCUGCGAACAUAAUGCCAUCCACUCAUCUAAGGGAGAGAAUGUUGUUCCCAUAAUAAGCGAGAGGAGAAUCUUGUUUCAAUACUCAUUGUCAUGAAUUCUCGCAAACGCCGACGAAGCACGCUCCCUUUGUGCCCAGCUGUUGGCGCAAAGUUAGGUGCAAGCGAAGCUAUGAAAAGCACUAGUUCUAGGAAAAGGCAUUCUUCUUAUUUUUAGUCUAUGAUGGUAGGUCAUCAACGUAAGCAUGUGAUUGGUACUUUCCGCUACGUUCUAUACAUGUGUCACCUUUGUUCAUGUGUGUGCAACAUGGUCGCAAUUAUAACAUGACCGGAAUAUUGAAAAAUUGACCCUUUAGGGGUAGGCACUGACGUCAUCGAGUUAGUCAUAUUAUGGUACAGCCAGCACGGUGAAAAUCUGCGCGUUAUCUCGAUCCACUUGUCUUGAGCAGCUAAGUGGAAGCUGUGAAUAGGACUAGAAGAUGGCGUACAUUACGUCAUGCGAAUAUUCCCCAUAUUAAGGAAACAUAUCUACCUGGCAUAGUCCCGGGACCGGUCAGCACUUAUGUGAUAACGAAAGAGAGAUAUAGAGAGAGGCAUAAGGGGACAUUCCUUAGCAAUGAUCACACACUGCAAUGGCUAAGCCAUGAGAAAAGCACAAGUUCUGCUAGAGCACAUAAAAUACGUAAAUGGACUACAGUAACAAAAUUAAAUUAAUAAAUAUCGCACUACAGCAUGAUACUAAGGUUAUAUUUGCGUACCUAAUAGCUAUUACAUUUUCAUAACUUCUUUAAACACUUCGCCUCUUGGGCCAGGUUCAGAAUAAACGGUAACAUAAUCAGAAACACUACGGUGAAACUGUGUCAGAACCGCAUUGCGUUUUAAUGCAAAGAGAGACAAAAUGUACAGCUCUAAAUAAAAUUAACUUUGCGAACGUGCGUUCUACAAACCAGUAUUUAAAAGCCGCCAUUUUGGAGCGGAUUUGUUUACGAAUAAAGCAAGUUAAGGUCGUAUCAAAUGGGCAAAGUGAAGUAUUUUACUCCCCAUGAAAUAAUCCAAACAGCGAUCCUCUAGUUGCUGCCCAAAAAAUACUUCUAAAUUCCAUGUUCCUUCGGCUAGAAUACACGCAGCGAAGUAAAGCGCCACACAAAAGUAAAGGCAGUGCUGUUAACGGAGCUGAAGUGAAUCACAGUCACCGAACAAUUAUGAAGAACUUGAACGGGGCUGUGUAAUACAGCGAUAUGUUAGGCCACCGGACGAGAAAAUGUUUAUAUUUAUAUCGCAGACCUAAAGAUUUUGAGAGGAACGGACGGUAAGGCCACCGCAUGUGCAUUACCAUUGAGAUUUUCAUCAACAACAAAGUGCAAGGAACUUCUGUAACGAGGCGUACUCACUGAGUUGUCUCAGUAUCGCAGGUUCGAGCUCGUAUAAUUGUUUUGCUCUUUUCUAGGUACACAAUAUACACCGUUUUUUCAUUAAUACACGCAGAUAGCUGCGUGAGCCAGGCCUUACGUUCUGUUCCCAAACCGACUUUUGUUUUUAUGCCGCGAAGCAUGUUUGUGCAAUAUCUAUGUUAAAUGGCUUUCUGUGUAAACUAAAUGCUAAAGGACUGUUAAAAAAGGCGUUUUCGCUUGUCAUAGCAAUUCAAUAGUACUGUGCGCCUGCUUUGAGAGUGUGAAUUUUAGAGGGCGAGAAAAAAAAGAAAAGACUGGCCGAUAGCCGAGAAAGCGAUGCCAGCGUGUGUGGGCAACAUUGUGCUACCGACUCGGCUUCGAGGGAGAAAUUACCAGACGUCCUUAGAGAGGAACUGUUGAAGUGACGAAUGCUGGUAUUGUUGUUAAUUUUACAGGCGAAACAAAUGCUUUUAUUGACUUGGCGACUCCAACGCAGCUUCAAGGCUGUAUUGUUAUUUAAGAACACAACUUCUAAUAAACAUUCAUGUUUUUUCUCA